AACGCGCCCGGCUCGAUCGCGCCGAUCGAGCAAUCGCGGAGCUCCAGGCUGCGGAGGCUGUUGCCGAAGCGGAAGAACGCGUACGCGGGCAGACGCUCGAUUCGCAACCCCGUGAUCUCGAGCCACGUAGUCCUGUCCGGCAGACGGUCCAGGGACGUCAGAGCGCUCGUCUGGAAGCGGUUCCCGGGACGUUCCUGCGAAAGAUAAGAUAAGGGAAGUGAACUCGUCCUUUUAUUUCGCGCACCGAUUAUCAACAUCGGAAUUCUCUCUUCCCAUGUCGAGAGAUCUUUUGAUGAUCUUAUAAGAUUUGUCAGUCGCGAUAACAACAUAUUCGAAAGAUAUUCAGAGGCUGUCCAGAGGACAUCGAAUAUCCUCGGGACGUUUUCUCUGAACGUCUUCGGGAUGUGUGUGCUAUUAGGAUUUCGAGUUUCAAUCAUAAUCGAACGGAAUUAAUUGCAGAGAUCAUAGAUAAUGCAGUAAUCUCGCGAUGCGCGGAUGUUUUUAACUCGUAUUAUAGAUUGCACAUAGAUUGCGCGUCGCGCGUGAUUUUCGUCCCACGGCGAGCCAAUCAGCGGCCAGCCCGGCCGGGUCACGUGGUCAGUUCGAAUCGAGCGACGUCGACAACUUCGUGUGGCUUCGCGCGCGGGUCUGUGUCUGUGCUUUCGCGUCGAACAAAACGAGUGCGUUUCCUGCGUGUAAUGUGUAAUAGAACUUUCGGCGUCACGUAACCGCGUGUCGAGAUGCGUCGCGAUACCCGGUAGCACAAAAGGAAUCGCGUGCCGACUCGACGUGACGAGGACGGACUCGGCCGAGAAAAGUGAGAGAGUCGCGACGAACCGUAAUAACCGUGUCGUCGAUCGCGUGAUUUUCGGCGGAACAAAGUGCGGUGCGUGUCGAGUGAUAUAAUAAACGUCCACCCCUCCUCGCGUGUAUUGGUGCGUCGAUUAUAUGUCGCGUGUGAUUUCCGCCGACCGUGAAGUGAACCGGCGUGUCGCCGCUCGAGUUCAAAGGGCGCCGACCAAAGGAGAUAACGAUGCCCGAAAACAUCCGAGGAUUCGCGAUGCCGAAAGCGGGAUUUCGGCCCGCGACGAGACUCGAAGCGGGAUGUCCGCGAAUUCGGGCGGGCGGGCACCGUUUAAACGGAUCACGCAAAAUACUAUAUCGAUUACGAAAAAAUCCAGCGAAAAACAGGCGAAACCCGCGGAGCCGGCAACUGCAGCGGCACCGACACCAGCGAGACCAGCACCGAGCACAGGGCGAAAAAGAGACGCGGUCGCGUCGCUCUUCAGCGCAAGAAGACCCGCGGCUAGCAAGAAAGUCGAGCGCGUCGCCGUCCGAGGAGACAAGGCGACGAAGCCGGCGUCGAACCAGCGGCUAAAAGGACAGCCCAGCCAGCAAUCGGCGCAGCAGCAGCAAUCGGCGCCGCUGCGUCAGGCGUCGAGCGCCUCCUCGCUGGAGGCGAAGAGCGACGUCCCGUCGACCGGGAACACCUGGGCCGGCUCCCUGGGCAGCAAGGAGCCGGCCAGAUCCAAGGCGCCGACGACGACGACCUCCAAGGGCCCGGCCAAGGCCUCCAGGAUGCAGGACCUGGAGCGCGAGAUCGAGGGCCUGCGCAAGGAUCGCGCGCGUCUCGAGGCGAAUCUGCGCGACGCGAUGUCCGAUGCUCAGAAUCUGCGCGAGCUAAGAGCCGAGUUGGUCUCCCUCAAGGAGCAGCAUAGCCUGGAGCUAGAACGUCUUACCGAGGAAAACGAAGCUCUUCGUGCUCGUCUCAGGGACGUGGCACAUUCUCCGCUGUCAGAUUCAGAGAAACAGCAGCUGUUGUUGGACGCUUCGAGACUCCACAAUUCUGCACCAGCAUCUAUCGCCAUUCCCCAAGAUGACGGUUCCGCAAACAAUACCAAUGUAUCUCAGGAAGGAGCUCAGUGCACCACCCCAGACUGGGACAAGCACUCCUCCAGCUCAAUGUCAGAGGUUUCAGUUGCGUGUUUGCAGGACAGAAUUUUACAGAUGGAGGAAACACAUUAUUCUACAAAUGAAGAACUGCAGGCGACUAUUCAAGAAUUAAGUGACUUACAGGCGCAACUAGUAGACUUGCAAAAUGAUAAUGAAAGAUUAAAUGAAGAGAAGUCGGUUCUUUUGGAGUCACUGUGUCGUCAGACACAGAAAUUGGAAGAAUGUCGAACUAAGGUUGAUACUUUACAAGAGCUGCUUUUGAGGGAUGAGCAACCACAGGAAGCAUCCAAGGGCUACAAUACAGAAAGGGAGCAAAAACUAGUAGAUCUGUUAAAAAGUGCGCAAGAAGAACGAGAAGCUUUACUUCAAAAGCAGGAAGAGUUGACUAACGAAUUGAAAAAUCUAAGGGCGACUGGUGACGCUAGUGCGGUUGAGACGGAACGUUUGACGAAAUGCGUCGAAUUAUUAGAGGCGUCGGUGGAUACUACGAAUAUCGAACGGAAGCAGUUAGACAUAGAGUUGAUGGAAGCUAGGCAGGAGAGUGCAAAUCGGAGUAUAGAGAUCAGCAGAUUGGCAACCCUAUUGGAGAACGCGCGAGCGAAGAUUGAGGAGCUAGAACAAUCGAGGCAGCUGGAGAAUAAGAGUGAAGCGGACGAAUUGCUAGACGCGGCCAGACGAGAAAAGGAUACAUUAGAGACGCAGGCGGCGGCACUUCAGGAACAGUUGGCGCGAUCGCAUUGCGAUCAUGAUCGAUUAAGGGAUCAGUACUCGCAACUUCAGGAAGAAUAUAAAGUAGCUCGAAACAACGCGAAAUCUGCUAUAGAUGAUUUAGAAUACAGACUUAAUCAGCUGAAAGACGAACGACUGUCUGUGAGCACGGAACUGCAACUUGUUCGAGAUUCGUUGGCGGAAUUGCAAGCGCAGUGUCAACGGCAUCUGGAGGACAAACGGGAGCUGAAGGCAGCGUUGAGCGAGGGACAACGAAGAGAACGUGAGGCGCAAACGCGACAGUACGAAUUGGAGCGCGCGUUGGCCGAUGAGCGCAAGCUGAGGCAGGAAGAGAGUGCGGAAUGGGAGCAGUUUCAGACUGAUUUGUUAAUGACUGUACGAGUUGCCAAUGACUUCAAGACCGAAGCCCAGAGUGAACUCGAGCGCGUAGUCAUGGAGAACAAGGCGCAGAGGGAUAAGCUCAGAUCGCUGGAAGCACAACUCGAUAAACUUAACAAAGAUAGCACUGCAGUGAGUAGCUGCAAAACACUUGAUAUCGCUAACGGGAGUAAACGGAAAACGGCGAGCAUUAUAUUAAAACGCGGUCGAACGAUACUAAAGAAUCGUUGCGAGUCGAAAAAACUCACAUCACGAAACAGCGUAUCCAGUAAAGCGACAACAAGCAGUCGGGACUUACAUAAACCAGAACCUGAGGACGUUAACGCCAUCGUCUCUCGGUGUCAGAAUGGAUUCGGUUUGGCGGAUAAUAAUCUCGGGGAUGUUGUUACACCAGCCAAGAAGGCUAUCAAAUUUGAAGACAAGCUCAUUUCCGGUGAGGAGAUUGAAGUGUGUCCUGCUUUUCGCAUCGACAGACAACGCACCGAGUACGUCUCGGAUGAAACAGACGCGCGUUCAGUGAAUGAGAAUCCAAGACAAGCGAAAAUCUUGAGCAACGAAUCUUCAAAGUUCUAUCUAAAUUUAGAUAACUUUGAAUCGGACAAGACUUUGACCGAUAAAUCGCCGAUAAUUACGGAGGAUUAUCCGAAAUUGUACAUCACCGUCGCGAACAUGUCGGAUAAAGAAGCAAUGGCCAAGAGUUCCUUGUUGAAAAGUAUCCGCGGCAUUCAAAACGCUGACGGAGACGCGUACGGCAUUAAUAUUUCAAACAGCCGAUUUUUCGUACCGAAGGAUUACAUAUUUUCCGGCGUGGAAUGCGCGAUGAACGAUUUGAAAUUCGAGGUCGAUCCAGAAAUGGGGAAGCUGUUGCAGAGAAGUUAUAGUAACCCGCAGAUCAAUACGAGUUUAUCUUCUUUAGUCGACAUAGAAACGGGUCCGUCGUCUUUAGACAAUACAGCGGUGACAUCAGAAAUUUUGAUCACAUCGAAUAAUCAUUUGACAGGACAAUACAACAAAGAUUCAAAUCCCAAAUAUUUAAGAACGCUUUCAGAUACAUCGCUUGUAAAUCUAAGAUCGAAAGAAGGCGAUAAGACUGAACAAAGGCAGAAGCUAUUUUUGAAUCAAUUCGAGUCGAAACCAAGGUACGAGAUAAUUGAUUCUCUUUUAGAUGAAACAACUUCAAAAUCGAAAACAUCUGCAGUAUUACAAACUGAAAAUCAUGUGGAAUCGUUUCUACCUUAUGAGAAUUAUACAUUUUUCCCGUCGAAAGCUUCUCAUUCGAGAAACGAAAUAGGAAAGCAAGAAACACUACGCGAUACUCAAUUGUGGACAGCAAAACAUGUGAUCAUCGACGGAGAAGAAACUACAACGAAACCUGCAUCCGAUAAUGGAAAGAUUUUCGAUACACUUGAAGAAUCGAAAAUAUUUGAUUCGUCUGAUAAAAAUAAUGCAAUCGAUAUAAAUCCAUUAAAAUUAGAAAAAAGAAAGAGUCUUAGUGAUACGUUAAAUGCUCCUUUGAUGAGGCGGAAAUCGUAUCCAUUGUUGACGUCCUCGAAAAAUUCGUCUGCAUCAAGAUAUCCUUCAUCGAUUUCGAUUAUCCCAUUGUCUCAGAUGUCAAAAGGAAUUUAUUCCGGAAAUAAAACAAAGAUUUCGGAGACGGUCAAGUAUUCUUCAAUUGACCAAGAAGGACAAACCGGAUCAAAGUGCAGUAAGAAAGAAAGAUCGGAGGACUCGAAUUUAAGGGAAAUAAAUAGUGUACGAGUGAAUCGUUUGAAGUUCUUGCAAGGUAGUCUGACUACUGCGAGCGAAGACGAGUCUCAAAAUGAGAAAAUAACUCCAUCCGAAAAUAAGCUUUGCAUGACGAAUGCUGAACUUACUUUCGGAAAGAGCCAUUUGAUGUCGCAAAGCAUUGACUCGGACUUGCAUCGAUGUGAGGAUCAACCGCUGCCGAUGGGACGAACGUCAUCCCUUAGAGAAAAAUUUGAGACGAUUAUGGAGGACGUCGAAUUAAGGACGCCGUUGGGAAGGUGCUCGCAGCGAAUAAGCAAAUCUUGCGACCCUAACCAGAAGGUGAUACAACAACCGCCUCCAAGGCCAGCUAGUACACCGACGGAAACUCAACAAUCUAUGUUGACGAGUGUGCAGCAGGAGAUUGCUGCUCGUAGGAAGGCCAAUAUCUCGCGUCAAGACUCUAGGCUUUCUGUGAAAUGUCUAAUUGAGAGCAUUGAGAAUGCCACGAAACAGGCUAAAACUGGACCUGGAAGCCGUAGCAGCUCUACGUCAUCUCUUAAUUCGAUCGGAACCACAGAUAUUAUAUCUCUAAAGGCUCCACUCAGGGACCAACAGCAGAUCAACAAUUUAAUCUGCACGGCAAAUUCGACGAACAACAAUAAAACACAAUCUGCAAUCGCAAAGAAACCAGUAUCAGAGACAAAAUCUACGCCUGUGGUUUUAAGUCCGGGCGAGCUGUUGGACUCGGCUGCCUUGAAUGCCAAGGCAAUUGAUUUUGUGCGUCGAAAUAGCGUCACCGAUCUGUCAGAGCGGAAGGAUCCUUUAUACGGUUUAGUAAAAAACGGCGGAUCCAAGCGUAACGCCUUGCUCAAGUGGUGUCAAAACAAGACAAUAGGCUAUCGGAACAUCGACAUAACUAACUUUAGCAGUUCCUGGAAUGACGGCUUAGCGCUGUGCGCGAUUCUACACUCUUAUUUGCCGCGCAAGGUACCAUACGACACCUUGACGCCGGUCGAAAAGCGGCGAAACUUCUCGAUUGCCUUCUCUGCUGCUGAGAGUGUCGGCAUACCUACUACUUUGAACAUUGGUGAAAUGUGUCAACUCGAGCGACCUGAUUGGCAACAGGUGAUGACGUACGUGACCAGCAUUUACAAGCAUUUCGAGACGUAAUUGAUUAAUCUCAUUAUGUUGCCUGUCAGACACGUCCUAACUGUAUCCAUCGAAUGCUCUUAGAAUUGCGAGAUGAAUGAGAAAGAACAACAGCAUCUAGUCAAACAAAUGUUAUAGGACACAAGGAAAGAAACAAGAAAAUUUGUCUGGAGAUUUGUCAAGGAUCGCUGAAUCAGCACUGCCUACUAAUUAUAUCCCCUUGUUGUACGCGCUGUAUAUAGUUUCUUAAAAUCGUAAAAUGUAAGAGCCGCUGAAGUUAUAUGCAGAGAAUUCGAUGGAAAACUAAACACCAAAUGGAAUUGCUGUUACUAUGAGACUGAAAACUUUAUACAUAUAUUAUAUAUGCAUAUAUACGCAUACGCACGCGCUUUGUAAAGAAUAUAAACGACGGCGAAUUUUGUAAAAGAGAAAAAAAUAACUGUAAGCUUCGUGAAUAGUCUUUUGCAAUAGUCUGUUGUUCAGGCGAAACUCAGCGCUACGCGUUUGCGAAGAAUAUACCACGCAUUGUCUCUGCAUCGUAGUCUUUUGCACCGUUUUUCUGCAAAGAGCGAAUCGAAUCGCGAGUAUUUGCGUUCCUCGUACCGUGAGUAUUUUUAUAUAUGUAUUAUUUUUCGAAAAAGACUUUUUGUAGAGUUUACAAAAUACGAAUGUACAGAACACAAAGCGCCUUAAUUUAAGAAAUCUAAUUUAUUGUAAUUAGUCGCGCAUUUAGUUCACUCCCCUUCCCCUUCCACAUCCGUAUUCCCAUGGCAGAAUCGUUUUGCGUUUCUACUUUGCAGGCAGAUAAGGAGAAACAAAAAAAAACAAUUUAUAUCGUACGAAGAUUAAAUUCUCUGUGAUAUAGCGAGAUAGCCCCAAGACAGAGAUACAGACGUUAUCGUUAUUGCUAUUAUUAUUAUUAUUAUUACACUAUUAUCGCUAUUAAUAUCGUCCUUGUCAUCGUUGUUGUACUAUUGUAGACAAUACGGAUAUCGCUGUCUGAUGUAGAACAAUAAACUUGCCUAAUGGAUAUUUAAAAGA